AAAAAAUUAGUCUCUUAAAACUUUUGAAAUAUUAUUUGAAGCAAAUAUUUUAAUUUCUUAAUAAUUUCACUCUAAAUUCCUGUAAACCGUGAUUACUUAUAAAAAUUUUAAGAUGAAUAUGCGACAGCAGAGAAUAACAACAUCGCAACAGGAAGUUUAUCUGAUUUAUUUAAUGGAACACACAGAGUUUGCCGCGUCUAGAAUUAAAGAUGGUGAAUCGAAAUACGAUGAAAAUUGGAAGGAACUGACAAAGAUGUUGAACAACACCUUGGGACCGAAGAAAUCAGUUGACGAAUGGAAAAUGGUUUUUUUCAACUGGAAAAAUCAGCUACGCACUCGUGCGAAGAAGCUUAAACAGAUUCAAGAUGGAAAGACGGGUGCCGAUGACAAGCUUGCCCUUCAAAAACUCACUGCUGUCGAGAAGCGUGCCUUGAAAUUGUGGAAGGAAGACUUUCAAGAUAAAGACAUUGCUUCGAUUCUCAAUGAGAUUGAAAACAAAGACAUAACAAUAACACCAAUCAGUAAACAACAGAAUGUUAACUUAAAGAAAAGAAAAGCAAGCGAUUCAAUCAUUAUUACGAGCAAUACUCAACUGGCCCCCCCAUCAUCAACACCCACCUCAGUGGUUUCCGUUCCAAUAACGAUAACACGCACCAAAGACGAUCAACAACAAGUUGAUGAAUUGAUAAACAUUAAACUUGAGCCCUUUGAAGAAUUGUUGACGAGCAACACGCAGCUUAGAAGUUCUGCUGACAUAACAGUGCAAGAGAUUCUCGAUUGGGCGAAAACAUUCAAAAUUCCACAAUCGGCAGUCAAUGAAUUACUUCAAAUUUUGAAGAUUAAACGUAUAAAAACAGAGAUCAAAAGUGAAUCGCCAACAAAAGUUUCAACUGAUGGAACCACCACAAGCUCUCUUCAACAACAAUCUGUAGGUCUUUUCUCGAAAAUUUUUCAACGCUUAGAAGGAAUGGAGCGUAAUCUCAUGAAUCGUAUGACAACGCUUGAGCGAAAAGUUGACAUGAAAAAUUUACAGCAGUUGAAAAUUCAAAGCCCGAAUCAGCAUUCGCCGCAACCAAAAUGAGAUUCGGUUCCACUGGCUAUCAUCCGAAAGCCAGAACAGAGGCAGCAGAUUUACAAAAUUGUAAGGAAAGUUUAAACUCGCUUGCAUACAUAAUUGCAAGAAAAGAAAAAUAAUAAAAAGUAUUUUUGCGUUCAGUCUCUUAGUUUGGUUCUGCUUGUGGCAUUAUUUGAUUUAAAAUAAAAAUGAAUUUAAAAAUUGAAA